UGAUUCCGACGCUUGGACAUCUCUGAUCAUUUUCUCGAAGCGAGCCCUAAUGGAAGACGAUGGACCAACAUCGAUCUCUCAUCUCUCACUCUCUCAGUGGUCAGUAUUCUCAGAGUGUCAGUUUCACGCUUCGGUCUCUCACGCCACACAGUGACUGUUCUGACGGAUCUCUCUCUCUGUGGGUGCUUUCAGUGCUCUUAGUCUCUCGGAAGGUUUGGCUUAAUCUCUUCCCUCGUCUCUUGUUUUUGGUCGAUCUGAAAUUCCAGGGUUUGUCUUAUUCUUCUAUAGAUUUGGAGAAUCCAACUCUUAUUAUUCUCAAUGAUGCCGUAUUUUCUUUCACUGCCCUUAUGGUGUCAUUGUGCUCGUUUCCUUGCAUGAAAUAACUCUCAUCCUUAAUUUUCUGUGCUACUUUGCUUUCUGUUCAAAUAAAGGUAUUUACAUCUAUGAAUUGCAAAGAAUUUCUAGUUAUGGAUUGUUCUUGUUUUGGAUUCUUCCUGGUUAUUGGUUUUAAUUGCCAGUUUAUGUGAUUGUUUUGGUCUUGUGAUGAUUCCUGAGGAAAUUCUCAGUUUGAAUCCACUAGAGAUUACUAGAAUUGACAUGUUGCCACUUGGGAGUUGCAUUAGUUAGAAAUUAGAGAAAUGUCAAGAGAAGUGGAGCUUGAUGUUAAGGCAGUUGAUCUUUCUGACGAGGAAGCAAAGGAAGGAACAGAUACUAUAACUUCUGCAACAAAUUCAAAUAAGAAGAGAAGAAAAAGAAGUUCUGUUUGGGAUGAUUUUAAACCACUAUCUGGGGAAAAUUUUGAGGAUGGGAGGGAUAGGGCAGAAUGCAUUAAAUGUGGGCAUGUCUAUAAGGCUGACAGUAGCAUUAAUGGAACUGGUAGCCUUCGGAGACAUCUUAUGAUUUGCCCAAAACGAGAAAAUAAAGAUGCCCUUCAAAUGAUUUUGGGUGCAAAUGAAUUGGUGAUGAGAGAUAGAAAAGUUGAUCAGGAUAUAGUGCGUGACAAAAUCACCAGGCUUAUUAUCAGACAUGAGUUGCCUUUAGUCUUUGUUGAGUAUGAGGAGUUUAGGGACUUGAUCUCGUACCUAUUCCCAGAUUACUCCCAUAUUAGCAAAAACACACAAAUGAAUGAGAUUGUGAAGUAUUACAAUAUGGAGGGUAAGAGAAUCAAGGAUUUGCUGAAUUCCUUUAAUGGAAAGUUAUCCUUGACAAGUGAUUUGUGGGCAUCCAUUACGAAUGAUAUAUAUAUUUCUUUGACCGUGCAUUAUAUUGAUAAGGAUUGGGUUUUGCAUAAAAAACUGUUGAGAUUUUGCAUAAUGCCGCCACCUCAUACUUGUGUUCAUAUAUGUGACAUGGUUUCAAAAAUGUUGUGUGAAUGGGGCAUUGAACAGAAACUGUUCUCAAUUACUUUGGACGAUGCUAGUGCAGAUCUAGGUUUUGUUGAAUUAUUGAAAACAAAUCUGAAUUUGAAGAAUGCUCUUGUGUGUAGUGGCUAUUUCUUUCAUAAUCGGUGUUGUUCUCAUAUUCUAAAUAUCAUUGUACAAGAUGGAUUGAAGUGUAUAGAUGAGACUGUGUUAUUGGUUCGGUCUAGUAUAACUUAUGUGAAAGCAUUUCAAGUAAGAAAGGUGCAAUUCUUGGAAAUUUGUAAGCAAUUGGGAAUAUCAAGUACUAAGGGCUUACAUGCAGAUGUCUCUACGAGGUGGAAUUCAACUUAUCAAAUGCUUGAGUCCGCCUUGUUUUAUAGGAGAGUAUUUGAGAACCUUCAGUUAAUGGACACCAAUUAUAGGGAUUGUCCAGAUUCUAGCCAAUGGUUAAGGAUUGAAAAACUGACAAGUUUUUUGCAACCCUUCAAUGAAAUAACUGUUUUGCUCUCUAGUUCCAAGUACCCCACUUCAAAUUUAUAUUUUCACAAUGUUUGGAAGAUCCACAAAAGUUUGUUGGAAGAGGUGUCACAUGGGCAGAAUUUUAUGAAGCAAAUGGCGGAGGAGAUGAAGAAGAAGUUUGAUAAGUAUUGGGGUCACUAUAGUGUGAUUUUGGCCAUUGCCUUGGUAUUUGACCCUCGCUACAAGCUUGGUUUUGUGGACUGGGCGUUAAAUAAGAUUUCUCAACUUGACCCAAGUGCAUUUGAGAUGUCCAUCCGUGUGAAAAGUGGAUUGUAUCGACUCUUUAAUGAGUACAAGAGCAUGGAUGGUCAAGAGACUCCUGCAACUUUAUCCAAUCCUGGUGGUACUUCUAGUUCUGGAGCUCUUUCUGAUUUAGCGGAAUUUUUGAGAUUUAACAGUAUGUUGUUGGUUGAUAAAAGAGGAAAGUCUCAGCUAGAUGUCUAUCUAGAAGAACCAAAGAUCCCAUUUACUGAGCAUUAUCAUGAGUUUGAUGUGUUGUCCUAUUGGAAGACAAAUGGGUCAAAGUAUCCAGAUGUGGCUCGGAUGGCUCGCGAUGUCUUGGCUAUUCCAGUUUCAACUAUUGCCUCUGAGUCAACUUUUAGUGCUGGGGGUCAAGUUAUUGACAAGUAUCGGAGCAAACUACUACCUUCCGCUGCUGAAGCAUUUAUUUGCCUUCGAGAUUGGAUGUUCGAUGUAGAUUUCAGAGCUGAGCCUGUUGAUAAUGUCGAUGACGUGGCCGAUGCGCUAAGAGAUGUGUUGGCAUUCAAUGAAAAAUGGAGUGGUGUGCCUUCGGGACUUGCUAGUUCUUCAGUUUGUUCUAAUGAUUAGUGGUUCAGAAUUCAGAUGCAGAUGUUAAAUGAAAUGACUGAUGAUGGCAAAAGAUACUAGACCGGUUUACAUACUGUGCUAUCCUCUCUUUAUGUCAAAAGCCUUCUCAGUGGAACUGAAAAGUACUAAAAGCUGCAAGGGAUUGUGGGCAUGGCAGCAAAGAAGGUUGAAGCUGAUGCCCAACUUUAACUUUAGUUAAUUCACCUGUAAAGACGACAUGGGGGAUUGUGACCAGGCUCCCUUCUGAUCAAGAGGUUCAGCAACUUUGUACUUCUGCGGUGGAAAUGCUAGAAUCGUUGCUUUCAAUUGCGGUCUUGUUUCCACCACCCCAUCCUUAGAUCCAAGGUAGUUUUGUCUCAAAAGUCCUGUGUAUUAAUCAGGUCUCUUUGAAAAUAUGAUUUGGUGGGGAAAUUUCACAAGCUGUGCAGACGGCAUCUCUAACAGCUCUAAUUGUGUGUAUCACUUUACAGGUAUUGUAAUAAUAACUCUUA